CAAUUCUCUGUUUCCUCGAAACUUCAUUUAUCUUCUUUGCCAAGACAAAACAAUUAAACAAUCCUUUGUAUAAAUAUCAACCGUGUCUCAACUUGUUGUGUUCACAUGUCUUUUCUUCUGUUCGUUGACUUGAGUUCUCUCUCUCCUCCUCCUCUUUUUCUUCUUCAAUCUUGAUGGAUGCUAUUCUGCAAGUACCCGUUGAUGGGUUCAGAUUAGACAACGGUUCUGGAUCUUGCUGCAAACCAAGAAACAAUCUUGACUCCGGAACCAGCCGCUUCACCUGUUUCAAAGAAUCUGAAUCUCAGAGCCUUUCUUCUCCGACCGAAUCUACUGAAUCCCAGAACCCUUGUUCAACCGAAGAAUCUACGGUAUGUUCAACUAACCAUCCUGUUUUGAAGUAUAUCAAUGACAUGUUGAUGGAGGAAGAUAUUGAAGAACAGUCUUGUAUGUUGGAAGACAGUUUGGCUUUACAAGCGGCACAGAGAUCUUUCUUUGAAGUGCUUCACCAAGAUCAGACUCCUCCUCCUCCUCCUCCGCCUGAACAAAUCUCCGGCGAUCAAGACAACUGUUCUAUUGAAAACUUCAGCUCGAUAACGAGCUUAUUACAGCAACCAACCUUAGGUUUCACUGAGAUCUCUGAGGAAUCAACAAGAAGGUACCGCCUACGAGGUGAUGAUGAUGAAGAAGAUGAUCUCGAGAGUGAGCGGAGAUCAAAGCUCCCUGCAAUUUCUGCGGUGGAUGAGCUAGCUGAAAAGUUGGAGGAAGUGUUAUUGGUGUGUCAAAAGAAUGAUCAUGGGGAAGCAACACCGAACAAAACCGGACGAGCAAAGGGAUCACUGAACCGGUCCAAGGCUCAGAAGUCAGAUCAGCCAGUUGAUAUGCGUAAUCUCUUGAUGCAGUGCGCGCAAGCAGUGGCUAGCUUUGACCAGAGCAGAGCUUUUGAGAAACUGAAGGAGAUAAGGGAACACUCUUCUAGCCACGGCGACGCAACUCAGAGGCUUGGUUACCACUUCGCAGAGGCCCUUGAAGCACGCAUCACUGGAACCACGAAGACACCAGGAUUUGAUGUUUUGGGCAGAACACCGAUGAUUGACAUUUUGAAGGCGUACAAGGAGUUCGUUCAGUCUUGCCCUACCCUAGCAAUGUGUUACUACACUGCAAACAGAACUAUCUUUGAGCUUGCGUCCAAAGCAACCACACUUCACAUCGUUGACUUUGGGAUCCUCUAUGGAUUUCAGUGGCCUUGUCUGAUACAAGCCCUGUCGACCCGACCGGGCGGACCACCAAAGCUCCGUGUGACUGGCAUCGAGCUGCCUCAGCCAGGAUUCCGCCCAUCAGAGCGGGUAGAAGAGACUGGUCGGAGACUGAAACGAUUCUGUGACAAGUUCAGUGUCCCGUUUGAGUACAACUUCAUAGCCAAAGCUUGGGACACCAUAACUCUUGAUGAGCUGGUGAUCAAUAGUGGAGAGACAACAGUUGUCAACUGCAUCCUCAGGCUACAGUACACGCCUGAUGAAACCGUGUCCCUAAACUCUCCGAGAGACACGGCUCUCAGACUAUUUAGAGAUAUCAAUCCUGACCUCUUCGUGUUUGCAGAGAUUAACGGGAUGUACAACUCGCCCUUCUUCCUAACAAGGUUUAGAGAAGCCAUGUUCCAUUGCUCGUCCCUCUUUGACAUGUUUGAGAGCAACAUAUCAGAAGAGAAUGAUUGUAGGACCUUGGUGGAGAGGGAGCUAAUAAUAAAGGAUGCGAUGAGUGUGAUCGCCUGUGAAGGGGCUGAGCGGUUCGCGAGGCCAGAGACCUACAAGCAAUGGCAGGUUAGGAUCCUAAGAGCCGGGUUUAGGCCAGCGAAACUAAACAAACAGAUCAUGAAGGAAGGGAAGGAGUUGGUAAGAGAACGUUAUCACAAAGAUUUCGUGAUCGACAAUGAUAACCACUGGAUGUUUCAGGGAUGGAAAGGAAGAGUCCUCUAUGCUCUUUCCUGCUGGAAACCUGCUAAGAAGCAAUAAACUAUUUUGUAAUCAUUUUGCUUGAUUUUGUUAGAUUUGUUCUGUUUUUUUUGUUUGGUAAUGUUUUGUAGAAACUGUUGGAUUUUACUCUCUUAUAUCUAUGGAAUGCGUUCAUAUUGCAA